AUGGAUGUUUCCUACUGCUCCCCUCUGCAGCUCCAGGACAACUCCUUCUUCUUUGACUCCAUCAUGGACCAACCUUACAACCCUAUGGCCUUCGAUCCAGCUUCGGAUCCUGGGUACUUCAGCGCCGGAAGCUCCCUCUCUCCCACAUCCUCUGUGGACUCCUUUUGCUUCUCCCCCAACGCCUUCCAGACGAACGAGCCAAACCCUUUGGACUGUUUCGUCUUCAAGAGCCCAGCAGUUCCUCAACAAAAGGCCCAAACUCUUCCUACCUCCACGACAAAGAAAUCCAGGUCCAGAUACCCGGGCAAGAAGCGCCAGACAGCCAGCGACAGGGAGAAGCAUAGGAUGAGGGAUCUGACCAAGUCCCUGAACCACCUGAGGAACUACCUGCCUGAAACAGUGGCUCCAGCCGGGCAGGCCCUGACCAAAAUUGACACUCUGCGCCUCACCAUCCGCUACAUCUCCUACCUGUCGGCGCAGCUUGGCCUCAGCGAGGAGGUGCUAGAGCAGAAAGCAUCAGGAUCCGUGCAGGAACCCCAAAACCUGCAGCAGUUCCUGGGACAUCCGACAGCGAGCUACACCCAACAGGAGGCAGACUUUACCUCCACGAGCACGACCCCAAUGCAGCCCUCUUACCAGGUUUCAAACGGACCUUGCUUCACCAGCGAACAGUACUGGCAUCUUCAGAACGCAGCGUUCUCCGGACACUGCUGA